AUGGGAAAAGAAGACGCCCGAGCCGAUAGUCGUAAAAGGUUAAGGGAAAGCGGCUCACAGACUGACGGGGAAGAUGCGUUCGACGAAGCCGACGGCCAUCGUCGUGGGGCUUUUGCCAAACUAGAUGAAGUCAGUGAAAAGCUCGACAAAGUGCUGACAAGACUCGGCGAGUUAGAGGCUAUGCAAGAUAGAGUGGCAGAAUUGGAAAAAGAAAAUAAAAGUUUACAAGAAAGCCUGAACACCGCUCAAGCCGACAUCGACGACCUAAAUUCGUCUUCAACCGCCACGUGUGCAACACUGGAAACCUACGCAAAGAAUCUGGAAGAUCUCAGUGCUAAAAUAAAACAUCUUGAGUGUCGCAACAUCAAGUUAGAAGCAUACACAAGACGUGAAAAUCUAAAAGUGUUUAAUAUUCCAGAAGGAAGAGGUGAGUCAACUUCUGCUGAAGAUCAAUUGAAAAAAGUGAUGCGCGAUUAA